AGAGGCCGACUUUCUAGAGGAGGCGGAGCUUCGCCCUUCGCCGGCUGAAAAAGCAGUAGAUACGGCUAGUGGCGACAGCAGGAGCCCAGCAUUAGCCCUGCCGGGGCGGUGGGCUUUAGGUUCCUGUCUGACCAGAGUGACUUCAAAAAGGAGGGAAAAUGGCUUCAGAAUCUGAAACUCUGAAUCCCAGUGCUCGGAUAAUGACUUUUUACCCGACCAUGGAGGAGUUCCGGAACUUCAGUCGAUACAUGGCCUACAUUGAAUCCCAAGGAGCUCAUCGGGCUGGGCUGGCCAAGGUUGUUCCUCCAAAGGAGUGGAAGCCCCGGGCGUCCUAUGAUGAUAUUGAUGAUCUGGUCAUUCCUGCCCCCAUCCAACAGUUGGUGACUGGGCAGUCUGGCCUCUUUACUCAGUACAACAUACAGAAGAAAGCCAUGACUGUUCGAGAGUUCCGCAAGAUAGCCAAUAGUGAUAAGUACUGUACCCCACGCUACAGUGAGUUUGAAGAGCUUGAACGGAAGUACUGGAAAAAUCUCACAUUCAAUCCUCCAAUCUAUGGUGCAGAUGUGAAUGGCACUCUCUAUGAAAAGCAUGUCGAUGAGUGGAAUAUCGGGCGGCUGAAAACCAUCCUGGACUUGGUGGAGAAGGAGAGCGGGAUCACCAUUGAGGGUGUGAACACCCCGUACCUGUACUUCGGCAUGUGGAAGACCUCCUUUGCCUGGCACACUGAAGACAUGGACCUGUACAGCAUCAACUACCUGCACUUUGGAGAGCCAAAGUCCUGGUACUCUGUCCCCCCGGAGCACGGAAAGCGGUUGGAGCGCCUUGCCAAAGGCUUUUUCCCUGGAAGUGCUCAAAGCUGCGAAGCUUUUCUCCGCCACAAGAUGACUUUGAUUUCCCCUUUAAUGCUGAAGAAAUAUGGAAUUCCCUUUGACAAGGUGACUCAAGAAGCUGGAGAAUUCAUGAUCACUUUUCCUUAUGGUUACCAUGCCGGCUUUAACCAUGGCUUCAACUGUGCGGAGUCCACCAAUUUUGCUACCCGGCGGUGGAUUGAGUAUGGCAAACAAGCUGUGCUGUGCUCCUGUAGAAAGGACAUGGUGAAGAUCUCCAUGGAUGUGUUUGUGAGGAAGUUCCAGCCAGAAAGGUACAAACUUUGGAAAGCGGGGAAGGACACCACAGUUAUCGACCAUACUCUGCCCACGCCAGAAGCAGCGGAGUUUCUUAAGGAGAAUGAACUGCCUCCAAGAGCCAGAAACGAGGAGGAGUGUCCAGAGGAGGAUGGCAUGGAAGGGAUUGAGGAUGGAGAGGAGGGUGACUUAAAGAGAAGCCUAGCCAAGCAUCGUAUAGGGACAAAGAGGCACCGAGUUUGUCUUGAAAUACCCCAGGAGGUGAGUCAGAGCGAGCUCUUCCCCAAGGAGGAGCUGAGUACGGGACAGUACGAUUUGACGGAGUGCCAGGCUGCCCUCGCUCCCGUGAGGCCCACCCACAGCUCUGUGCGGCAAGUUGAAGACGGCCUUCCCUUCCCAGAUUAUUCUGACUCCACGGAAGUCAAAUUUGAAGAGCUUAAAAACGUCAAACUGGAAGAAGAGGAUGAGGAGGAAGAGGAGGAACAAGAAGCGGCUGCCUUGGAUCUUUCUGUGAAUCCUGCCUCUUUAGGGGGACGCCUUGUCUUCUCAGGUUCCAAAAAGAAAUCAUCUUCUAGCCUGGGCUCCAGUUCUUCACGGGAUUCUAUUUCUUCCGACUCAGAAACCAGUGAGCCUCUGGCCUGCCGAGCCCAAGGGCAGUCGGGAGUUCUCACUGUGCACAGCUAUGCCAAAGGGGAUGGCAGGGUCACCGUGGGAGAGCCCUGCACCAGGAAGAAGGGUAGUGCCACCGGAAGUGUCAGUGAGCGGGAGCUGGCAGAGGUGGCUGAUGAAUACAUGUUUUCCCUGGAGGAGAAUAAGAAGUCCAAGGGCCGUCGUCAGCCCUUAAGCAAGCUCCCACGCCAUCACCCGCUUGUGUUGCAGGAUUGCGUCAGUGAUGAUGAGUCCUCUGAACAGCCGACCCCCGAGGAGGAGGCUGAGGAGACAGAGGCCUGGGCUAAGCCCCUGAGCCAACUAUGGCAGAACCGACCCCCGAACUUUGAGGCCGAGAAGGAAUUCAAUGAGACCAUGGCCCAGCAGGCCCCUCACUGCGCUGUCUGUAUGAUCUUUCAGACUUACCAUCAGGUGGAGUUUGGAGGCCUUAGUCAGAGCUGUGGAAACGCUCCAGAUUUAGCCCCCCAGAAGCAGAGGACCAAGCCAUUGAUUCCUGAAAUGUGUUUCACCUCGACUGGCUGCAGCACAGACAUCAACCUUUCUACCCCUUACCUUGAGGAGGACGGCACCAGCCUUCUAGUUUCCUGCAAGAAGUGCAGUGUCCGGGUCCACGCCAGUUGCUAUGGAGUACCCCCUGCAAAGGCUUCUGAAGACUGGAUGUGUUCUCGGUGUUCCGCCAAUGCCCUGGAGGAGGACUGCUGUUUGUGCUCAUUACGAGGGGGAGCCCUCCAGAGAGCCAAUGAUGACAGGUGGGUCCACGUCUCGUGUGCUGUGGCUAUUUUGGAAGCAAGGUUUGUCAACAUUGCCGAAAGAAGUCCGGUGGACGUGAGCAAAAUACCCCUGCCCCGCUUCAAACUGAAAUGUGUCUUCUGUAAGAAGCGGAGGAAAAGAGCCGCCGGCUGCUGUGUGCAGUGCUCCCAUGGCCGCUGUCCAACUGCCUUCCACGUGAGCUGCGCCCAGGCUGCCGGAGUGAUGAUGCAGCCGGACGACUGGCCUUUCGUCGUCUUCAUUACCUGCUUUCGGCACAAGAUUCCGAAUUUGGAGCGUGCCAAGGGGGCCUUGCAGAGCAUCACCGCAGGCCAGAAGGUCAUUAGCAAGCACAAGAACGGGCGCUUCUACCAGUGUGAGGUGGUCAGGCUCACCACCGAGACCUUCUAUGAAGUCAAUUUUGACGAUGGCUCCUUCAGUGACAAUCUCUAUCCUGAGGACAUAGUGAGCCAGGACUGCCUCCAGUUGGGUCCUCCUGCUGAGGGAGAAGUGGUCCAAGUCAGAUGGACAGAUGGCCAAGUCUACGGAGCCAAAUUUGUGGCAUCCCAUCCUAUCCAGAUGUACCAGGUGGAGUUCGAGGACGGCUCACAGCUUGUGGUUAAGAGAGAUGACGUGUACACGCUGGAUGAAGAGCUUCCCAAGAGAGUCAAGUCUAGACUGUCAGUAGCCUCAGACAUGCGCUUCAAUGAGAUUUUCACGGAGAAAGAGGUUAAACAGGAAAAGAAACGGCAACGAGUGAUCAACUCAAGAUACCGGGAAGAUUACAUCGAGCCUGCACUAUACCGAGCCAUCAUGGAGUAGGUGCUUCCAGGGGCCGAGAGGUGCCCAGCCAUCAAGGCGAGAGCACUCUGGGGUUCCACAGCACAGCAGACACUUGGAACUCUGAAGUCUCUGAAAGUGAAGUUGUAAAAUGAAAAGGAAUGGAAUAACCGACCCCAUCGUCUUCUCACGCCCCUACCCGCCACCCCCCCCCCCCCCUUCGCAUUCCGCUGUAGUGAAAGGACAAGCCUUUCUUGGACAUGUGGCAGCAGCCGCCUAUCACCCAGCUGAAGGGCUGAGCACUGAAAUGCUGUGGCUGCAGUCUCCAGUGGGGUUGACUGUGCUGGCCGGGCUGGUUGCCCUGUUCCUGGCCUAGGACUUAGCUUCCUAACAAUCACCUGCACCGACUAGGCAGAGGUGCUGGUGCUUACUCCCUCUCCCCUUUUGUAUUUAUGUGUGCGCGCGUAUAUGUGUGUGUGUGUGUGUAUGCGCGUGCGCACGCGUGUGUGUACGUGUGCGCACAUGUAUGUUUGGUUUGGACCAGCUUCUGCCAGCCCCUGGCCUUUACUUUCUUCCUUGCCUGUCCAGGGCAAACAAAAUGUGAAAUUCUGCCCUCAGCUGAGUGGAGUAAAGGCUCCUGGGGGUUGGCUGGAGAUGAGUGUGGCAUCUAUCUGUCCCUGGAACAGCCUCAAGGAAGUGCUGGCAAAGCUGCAGUAUUGAGAUGUUAAGGAGUUAAUGCCACCUCUUUGUCCUGUCUUGAAGGAGCAGAUAGGGGCAGUGUGGGUUUGUGCCCAUAUCAUUCUAGGCACAGAGCCCCUGUGGCACAGUAUUAGAGGGUGUGGGUGGGGAACACCCUGAAGGGGGGAUCUUAAUGAUGGAAGCAGGCAGAGCCUGGUGGGUGAUUUUGUCAACAGAAAAUUUGCAAUCAUGCAGGGGCUGGGAGGGUUAAGAUGAACUGGGGCCACUGGAGACCAGGGGCAGGUUUAGGUAUGCCCCUGGUCUGGGGGUGGGAGGGAGCUGAUUUGGGGGUGGGGGAGGGACUGGAGGGCAACACUGAAGGGGUUAAACAGGUUUUGCUCCUCAUGAAUUUGUUUGCCUGGGAUUGGAGGGCUUCACACCUAUACCCUGUGUAUACAAGAAUCAGAUUUAUAAUACUUCCCUGUUUUUUGUUACGUAUGAACGCUAUAAACCAAAUUAUUUUGAAAA